CCACACUACUUCUUCCUCAACUGCAUACUAACCCAACGAGUCAUCUUCCCGUAUGACGACACGCCGCUACUGUGAGUGGAGGAAUCCGUUGACGACGCGUCGGAGGAGUACGAAGCGUUCAUCGAGGGAGAGGUUUGUGAGGGAAAUUAGGUCUCCGAUGGAGGAAGGUUUUUCACCGGCGAAGGCAUUUGAGGAGUUGGAAGGAGUGGAGCACGGUGAUGGAGGAUCGACCCUGACAAACCUCUUUGGCGACGCCCACGUUGUCACCGACAACGACGCUGCCCUCCACAUGCGCCUCACCAACCCCUCCCUUUCUUCCUCCGGUCUGGAAACGACUUUAUGUCCCAGGACUACAUGGGCCAUGGUUCUUAAGGUCUUUUACUCAGGUGGGAUUCAAUGACCCGUUGCAAGAUGAUUCAACUCGGGU